AUGUCACAAUCCAGAAAUCCUUCACCUACUGAUGACUAUGGAACAUGCAGGUGCAAACCAUCAUGUGGUAAAUGGCUAUCAAAGUCUGCACGGAAUAAGCACUACCGAAAAUUCAUCAACAACGAGCUGGAAUGUAUGGAGGAUUCAGACCAGGAAGAUGACGAAGACAGAUAUAUGGAGCAAGAGAGUGGUAGCUCCAAUGACGAUUCAACUGGCAGGUCCUUCCACACUGGGUCAUCAGAGGAUGUCAUGAGCAUCGAUGAUGGCUGCAGCCAGGCUGCUUGUAGUGACAUUGACUGUGAUGAAUCAUCUGAUCACUCGUAUGCCUCAGAAACACCAAUCAAUAUUCCUGAAAACUUCAUCUUUGAUGAAGAAGCAGAUGAUGACGAGUAUCUGCACCUUUCACUCCAGGAUAUUGCAGAACAGCUCAAUGCUUGGGCAGACCCAAAUGGUGAUGGCGAUUUUUAUGACGUCCAUGAGUGUUUUUCUAUUCAAUUGACCUGA